CCCUCCUUCACUCAUCUUUGUGUGAAAUCAAUUUCACCGUCCUCAAACAUCGUACAUAACUCUUAUAAGGGCUUUCACUACCCCAGAUUUAUCUUUCACUUCCUAUCUCGAACACAAGCUUUUAGUCUCCGCUGCCCAGUACCCUUUUUGGUUAAAGGUUGUCUGGUUGUCGUGUGUAACGAUCACUCAAACCCAGCCUUCGAGCACGUCAACACGUAUUCCACAGAUUAGCGAACAACCUCGCUAUCUGAUACGUCCCUGGGGCCUGAAAACAGUUAGACAUUAACUUUGAUCGUCUACCAAGCAACAUGGCCCCCAGCAUCUUGCUACAGCAUGAACACACGAGCUACUCGGGCCAUUCUCCUAAGCGAGUCGAUGCAAAGGGUGCAGUGAAGCUGGAGGCCGGUGGCUCGACUAACAAUCAUCAAUCCUUCUCAGCUUCCAACGGCAAUGGCAGUCAUAACUCAUCUGGUACUUCCAACAGUACUACAAACCCAAGCUCUGCCGGAGGCCACUUGAAUGGAGCUCAAUUCAUUACCUCUGAGACCCUUCGCCAGCAGUCCCUCAACUAUGCCACAGGCAGUGCUGAUAAUGGCCGACCGAAGCAGCCAAACAUUCUCUACAUCAUGGCUGACCAAAUGGCCGCUCCCCUUCUAAAGAUGAAUGACCCAAACUCUCCAAUCAAGACACCAAAUAUCGAUAAACUCGCCGAGACGGGCGUAGUGUUUGGGAGCGCUUAUUGCAAUUCGCCCCUCUGCGCUCCAUCACGAUUCACCAUGUGUACCGGACAGCUCCCCUCCAAGAUCCGUGGAUACGAUAACGCAUCUGUCUUGAACUCCGACGUUCCAACUUAUGCUCAUUAUCUCCGAAGUGAAGGCUAUGAGACAGCACUUGCAGGCAAAAUGCACUUUAUUGGACCCGACCAACUUCAUGGUUUCGAACAUCGAUUGACUUCGGACAUCUAUCCUGGCGACCUUGGAUGGACCGUUAACUGGGACAAACCAGAAGAACGUCAGGAGUGGUACCAUAACAUGUCUUCAGUCAUGCAGGCCGGUCCUUGCGUCAGAUCCAACCAGCUUGACUACGAUGAAGAUGUCAUGUUCAAAUCUUCCCAGUACCUCCUGGACUAUGUUCGCUCAGACCCAUCCACACGUCGUCCGUUUGCCUUGACGGUCUCUCUCACUCACCCGCAUGACCCCUACACUAUGACUCAGGACUACUGGGACCGUUACGAAGAUGUCGAUAUUCCUUUACCCCGCGUAAAGCUUUCCCAAGAGGAGCAGGAUACUCACUCUCAACGACUACUGAAGACUGUUGAUCUCUGGGACAACCCGGUACCAGAUGAGGCUGCCAUACGUGCUCGUCGAGCUUAUUUUGGGGCUUGCUCUUUCGUCGACGACCAGGUCGGCAAGCUUGUGACCAUCCUCAAGAACUGCCACCUGGACAAAGACACUAUCAUUGUAUUCUCCGGCGAUCAUGGGGACAUGCUUGGUGAGCGAGGCUUGUGGUACAAGAUGUCAUGGUUCGAGAACAGUGCUCGUGUACCAAUGAUCAUCAAUUAUCCCGCCAAAUUUACACCCAAGCGAGUCACUGAAUCAGUUUCUACCAUGGACUUGCUGCCAACGUUCAUCGACCUUGCCGGGGGUGAUAUGUCGGUAAUGAGACCAGUAGAUGGAGUCAGCCUUUACAAUUACCUGGUCUCCGAUAAGCCGGGCAAGGAUGAGGUAUUUGGCGAAUAUAUGGGAGAAGGAACGGUCACUCCUGUCGUCAUGAUCCGACGGGGAAAAUGGAAGUACACAAGGUCCCUGGUCGAUGACCCUCAAUUGUUCGACCUUGUCAAUGAUCCACAAGAACUGGUCAAUCUGAAAGAUUCGCAGGAGCCUGAGCAUCGUGACGCUUUUGAGGCUUUUGAGAGGGAGGCCGAUGCAAAAUGGGACCUCCAGCAACUCCACAUGGACGUCUUGUCCAGCCAGCGUGAGCGUCGCGUCGUUUGGGGCGCUCUUCAAAUUGGUCGCAGGGAGCCAUGGGACUAUCAGCCGCCCCAUAACGAUCGUGACCGAUUCAUUCGUUCUCACAUUCCUCUCGACGAACUCGAGCGUCGUGCUCGUUUCCCAGUCGUGGACUAUCUUGGCCGGCCCAAAACAGCCGCGGCUUCCCACCAUGGGGCGGCUGGAGCAUGUGGAGAAUAGAUCUCCAUGACCACAUGUACAUCGACUAACACAUACAGAAGGUGCAUAUAUCUCAUACAGAAUGCACUGAUGACGGGUUUGCUAUGAUGAGAGGAUUUUCUAUUUAUGCGAAAUUAAGCGUUACAGCGGGGACCAUAAAGGAGCAUUCAGGGGAUCUUGAGUCUGUCUGCCACUUUCAGGAUAAAGUGGGCAACUGCACCUAUAUGUUCCACAUGGAUAGUCAUAAACACUCCCAGACUGAGUCUGUGUAAAUAUCUGAAUCA